AUGAUUCGCAGCAAUUUCAAAUCCGGAAACAAGAAGAGUCUUGCGAGCGAUGAGUUUUCAAGCUCUGAUGAGGAAAAUCUACAUUCAGAAAGCCAAAAAACCCAGAUAUCUACACAUGUUGAAUCCAGGAAAGGCAGAACUUGCCAUGAUAACGAAUUCUCAAGCUCUGAUGGCGAAGAAAAUUUGCACGAGCUACAAAGUCAUCAGAGCCAAAAACACGAUUUUCAUGCUAAAUCGGAUAAAGGCGAUAAAGAAUUUUACGGCGAUAACGAAUUUUCAAGCUCUGGUGAGGAAAAUCUGCAUUCCGAAAAGAAAAAAAUCCAGAAACACACGUUUAAUGAAUCCAGGAAAGACAAAACAUGCGAUGAUGACGAGUUUUCAAGCUCCGAUGGUGAGGAAGAUUCACGUGUACCAGAAGUUCACCUGGGCCAGAAUGGGACUUAUACUGAAUCUGAUGAAGGCGAAAUACACGGCGGUGACGAGUUUUCGAACUCUUGUGAGGAAAAUCUUAAUUCCGAAAACAAAAAAAUCCAAAAACAUAUGCAUAAUGAAUCAAGGAAAGAAAAAACAUGCGGUGAUGACGAAUUUUCAAGCUCCGAUGGUGAAGAAGAUUCACAUGUACCAGGACUUCAACUUGCUGUAUUCGAUAAAGGCAAAACAUGCAGCGAUGACGAAUUUUCAAGCUCCGGUGAUGAAGGGAACUCAAAGUUUUUGGGUAAUUACCAAGGCCUGGAACAUGUUGGAUUUGGUGGAGGUGAAAUUGAGGAAUUGGACGAGUUUUCAAACUCGGACGAUGGUGAUGAAGGGAAUUCGAAGCCUUUAGAAAGUCGGCAAGAUUCGGAAUACGGCGAUAUUGGAUUCGAUGGAGGCGAAAUUGAGGAAUUGCACGAGUUUUCAGCCUCAGAAAACGAAGAGGACCGAGGGUCACCAAAAAUACCUCAAGGCCAAAAACGUACUCAUUUCGAGUCUAGCAACAAGCAGGAUAUCCAUAUGGAUUCAAGCUCAAAGGUAAUCUUUUUAUUUUACCAAUCCGGGAUCUGUUGGAUUCAUUUUUCGCAGUUGUUUUGCCCGUACUAG